AUUAGUAUGGAGGAUGCAUUCAGCUGUUUUUUUAUUGUGUGGAAAUGAUUUUAGAUGAAGAAGGGGAAUGAUCAACAUGUUGUCAGUUGAUGAGAAUGGUGCAUUUUACAUUUUGGUUUUCAUUUUUUCACUCUGGUGCCUCGCCUGAAGCAUGGUUGCCUUCGGGUGACUCGAUUCCACCAGCCGCAGCAAAGUGGUGGUCUUUGACAUUAGAGGAUAACCUUUCAUCAUCGUCCAGCGUGCUGAAAUUGACAACGACGGUAUCAUGGGGUUGUUUUCCAUCCAAUGUUCUUUCAUCGGGGUCAUUACUCUGCAAUCGGAUUCGGGGACUAGAAGCUGGCUUUACUUUGUUAUCGUUGCUUGUGACUGACAGUAAACUGCGGACCUCUUCCAAACUGGCGCGUCUUAGGUCCUGGGCCGUCAUGUCUGUUCCCUUAACGUUGUGGAAUGGAUGGUUGCGAGGAGAGAAAAUCCACUCAUCCACGGACGGUGGUGGUUUAGAUGUAAGACUGUCCAGUUCGUGGACGAUGACACGACAAAAGUCAUCAAGGGGAAGAUCAUUGGCAUCCAUGCCUAAGUUCAAUAAAAAUAUACAUUAGCUCGCCGGCAUGACAUAAAACACAAAAGUCAGUACACAUGAAACUCACCGAAAGG